UAUUUCCUAGAGACUUCCACCCGAGAAGGUUCCCCCCGCCUGAGAUCCAGUAUCUUAUAGAAAUCCGACAGAGUCGCAUUCAUUUCGUAAUUGUACGCUCAGUCGAGUCCAAUCCGGAGUUAGUCAGAGCCAUGUACAGUCCCCACAUUGCCCUCCUGUCGACCGUGCAGGCCAGCGACACCCGCACCCGGGCCCGGCUGCGGUUCCGGCGCCGUCCCUCCGACACCACCUUCACGGACCCUCGUGUCGAGCAGUUGAUCGUUCAUCGCGCCCUCCUUGAGCACAUGCUGCAGCAGAAGGAGCACUACGACCACGAGCGAGACCUGGAACAGCAGAGGCUGGAGCGAUUCCGGUGCGAGGGCGCCAACGAGCGGCGCCUCCAGGUGCAGGAGCAGGUGGUGAAGAAGGCAAAGGCCAUGCUGCCGGGCAUCGUGUUCAAGAUGCGCAACCAGGUGGACAAGCUGAAGCGCUUCCUCGAGGCCGACCAGGACCAGGAGCUGCAGCAGUUGGACGCGAAUCUCUACAAUACCUGCAACGAGCUGCUCAAGACCUGCCAGACCACCCUCGACAAUCCCAUGUGAGUGGCUGUCCCUGUCCCCAAUUGACCUCAAAGAUCUCAAGGAGCUCGAGGACAUCCCACUACGAUUGCAUUUCAUUUACUCACACAGACCAUGCGUUGAAGUCGUCUAGAAAAUAUUCCCAAAUUUUAAUGUAAACGAAGAAGUGCAAAAAAAAUUUUAAAUUCAAACCCCAGUUAGUCCAGUAUUUUAUCCCAUCGCUCGCAAAUAAAACAUAAUUAGUCGGAA